AUGGCUCUCAUCAGACAACCAUUGAUCCGCGGAUGGACCUUUCAGCAGCAGGGCUGGGCCAGUGACGAGUGGCUCCCCGCAGCCAAUGUCCCGACUCAGGUCCACGUCGACUUGCUGGCAAACGACAGGAUCCCUGACCCAUUUGUCGACUUCAACGAGAGAGCUGUGCAAUGGGUCGGCGAAAAGACAUGGAUUUACCGCGUUGAGUUUGUCGCCCCUGCCGCCUCCACAGCCUCAAGCAAUUCGGAUCUCGUUUUCGAAGGCCUUGAUACAUUUACCACUGUCAUAUUUAACGGGCACCGAAUCCUAGAAACCGAAAACAUGUUCGUCUCCUACAGAAUCAACGUCUCGCGGUUUGUUAAGGCUGGAGAGAGCAACAGUCUCGAGAUCAUCUUUGACUCGGCCCUGCUUCGUGGCCGGGAGCUCGUCAGAAAACACAGUCAUGAACAUGAUUUUCUCGUUCGGCAGACAGAAGCGGGCCGGGUUCCCGUUCGGAAAGCGCAGUACAACUGGGGUUGGGACUGGGGUCCUAUUCUCAUGACUGCUGGCCCUUGGAAGCCCGUGUUCUUUGAACAGUACGUUGCCAGAGUCGCUGAUGUAUGGGCACAAAACACUGUCAGUGAGGAUCUCCGAACGUGCACAGGGACAAUCCUUGCCAAAAUAGAUGGCAAGGUUUCCUCGGAUGUAAGAGCUCAACUAUCAUUGAAGCUAGAUGACAAGGUCAUCUUGCAAUGCGACGCGCGAAUAGAAGAUGGUAUUGCAAAGUUGCCUUUUACAUUAGAGGCUCCCAAACUCUGGUAUCCUCUCAACUACGGGCCCCAGACUAGGUACAGGCUUACAGCUCGCAUCAUUGGGUCAGGCGGCGAAGAGUUGGAUACACUUUCACGACUCACUGGUUUCCGAAGAACGGCACUCAUUCAGGAACCUGAUGCAUACGGAAAGUCCUUCUACUUUCGCGUCAACAACAUCGAUGUCUUUGCCGGAGGUUCUUGCUGGAUCCCUGCUGAUAGCUUCCUCGCCCAGAUCCCGGCCCAGCGCUACUACGAUUGGAUCAAGCUCAUGGCGGAGGGUAAUCAAGUCAUGAUCCGCGUCUGGGGUGGUGGCAUCUAUGAGGACGAUGUUCUGCUGGACGCUUGUGAUGAGCUUGGCGUGCUCGUCUGGCAUGACUUUCAGUUUGCUUGCGCCAGCUACCCGGCGUACGACUCAUAUCUCCAGAAUUUUGAGCUCGAGGCCAGGCAGCAGGUUCAAAGAAUGCGAUGGCGACCAGCAGUCAUCAUCUGGUGCGGCAACAACGAGGACUACCAGGUCCAAGAGCGCUAUCAACUCGACUAUGAUUUCGAAAACAAAGAUCCAGAGGCUUGGCGCAAGUCAACAUUCCCGGCACGGUAUAUCUAUGAGCAUUUGCUGCCAAAGAUCAUCUCCGAGGAGGAUCCUCAUAAUAUUUACCACCCCAGCAGCCCCUGGGGAGACGGGAAGCCAACCGCUGACCCUACUGUUGGUGAUAUCCACCAGUGGAACUGCAAGUAUUCUUCCCCACGUGUAUCGCUGUGUACUAAUACAUCUGUAGUGUGGCAUGGCGCUUUGAACAAAUACCAAGAAGUUGAGCAGCUCGGCGGUCGUUUCAUCAGCGAAUUCGGCAUGGAGGCAUAUCCUCACCUCAGCACAAUCAAGAGAAUGACGACCAAGCCGUCGCAGCUGUACCCAGGCUCCAUGGUGCUGGACUUCCACAACAAGGGUAUCGGCCACGAGCGCCGCAUGAUGACGUACAUUGCCGAGAACUUUCGCGUCCGCACCGACCUCGCCUCGUACACGCACCUCACACAGGUCGUUCAAGCAGAGGCAAUGCGCUUCUCGUACAAGACUUGGCGCUGCCACUGGGGCAAGCCCGGCGCCCGGCGAUGCGGUGGCGUGCUGGUAUGGCAGCUCAACGACUGCUGGCCGACUAUGUCGUGGGCCAUCGUGGACUACUACCUUGUCAAGAAGCCUGCGUACUAUGCCGUGGCGCGAGCACUGCGUCCCAUUGACGUGGGCGUCGUGCGGACGUACCACGACUGGACGCAGACGGGGUACUACAUUGACGAUAACUCGAAGCUGUGCACCGGCCAGGUCGACCAGACGCGGCCGGCCCGCGAGGGCACCAGCACAUUUAGCGUCUGGGCCUCCAGCAGCAGCAUGGACGAGGUUGACGCCAUCGUGACGGUUCGUUUCAUCUCUGUGCGGACGGGCCAGGAUGUGCAACCUGCGAUACAGAGGCGCAUCACGGUCGGCGCCAACUGUACGACGGGCAUUAUCGAGGAAGGCCCGCUCGCUGCGUCCAUUCAAAGCCCCGAAGACGAGUCUCGGCCGUUCGACACAGAUGAAUACGAUCCGUAUGUGGUACAUGCCCGGCUGACUUUUGACAGAGGCAGCACCGCUGUCACAGAUACUGCAUGGCCAGAUCCCGUCAAAUUCUUGGACAUGGCAGACCGUGGCGUCUCGUUUGAUGUGUCUGACGUAGAUGGCAAAGUGGCCGUGACUGCGAAGAGGCCUGUCAAGGCAUUCGUCUUUGAGGAGGUCGAGGGACUUAAAUUGAGUGACAAUGGGUUCGACCUAUUGCCAGGUGAGAAGCAAGUGGUCAAGGUAGCUGGGCCGUUGAAGCCCAGCCAGUUGCGUUGGACGCAUAUUGAGGCCAGUGGACCAUCGCUGAGCAUUGAAUGA